CUUAAAUUUAUGCCUGCGGAGUGACACAGAUGAGAGAGAGAGAGAGAGAGAGAGAGAGAGAAGAGAGAGAAUGGUUAAGCUGCCGCCAUUGUCUCCGGCGACUCUGCUUCUACUGUUGGGGCUGCUCGUGUGUGAGGUCGUGGUGGAGGGAUCGGGGUUCAGAUGCACCACCGACGGCACCUGCCAGGCGCUGGUGGGCUACACACCGGAAAAGGAGACCACCAUCGAGCAAAUCAUCAGUCUGUUUCAAAUUCCCUCCCGCACUGACUUUCUCGAAAUAAACUCUCGCCCACCGACCACUCCCUUGACCCUCGCCAUCCCCGCCAAUCAGACGGUCAGAGUCCCCUUCACCUGCCGCUGCGAGCAAGGGACGGGCAACUGCGACGGGAUCAGCCCAUAUUACGUCGUUAAGGAAGGGGACACCCUCGACUACAUCGCCAACUCCGUCUUCGGGCACCUCGUCGACGCCAAGUCCCUCGCAACCGUCGGCCAUGUCCCCGAUGGCAGCAGGAUCAAGCCGGGCGCCAUACUCUGGAUUCCGCUGCCCUGUAGCUGCGACCGUGUCGACGGCGCUCAGGUGACGCAUUACGCGGUCGUCGUCCAGAAGAACGACACUUUGAAUGUUAUCGCUGCUCGGUACAACACGACCGCGGCCCAACUGGCGAAGCUCAACAACCUGAACAACCCCGGCUCUGUCGUCGCCGGACAGGUUCUCGACGUUCCUCUUCCCCUCCAGGCUGCCAAUCGACCAACUGCUAACAAUACCAAGGGGUCCUCCCCAAGAGCCGGUGCAGGAAAGAGAAGUUUGUUGCUGAAAGUUGUCUUGCCGGUUACUCUCGUAGUAAUUUUCGAUGCUGUUAUCGGAAUCUACUGUUAUUGGAGGUGGAAAGCGAAAGCAUCAGCUGCAGCUAACUUUGGAACAGCAAUAGAUGAAACCGACAACCAUGAGAUUCCAUUCUUUCAGCUAGAGGUUAUCAUGGCAGCAACCGGCAACUUUUCUGAAUCGAAUAAGCUUGGUCAGGGGGGCUUCGGUCCUGUUUAUAAGGGCACGCUAGCAGAGGGGCAGGAAGUGGCAGUGAAGAGGUUAUCCCACCUCUCAAAACAAGGAUACGAAGAGUUUAUGAAUGAAGUCAAGAUAACAUCCAAGCUUCAGCAUAAAAAUCUGGUUCAGCUUUUAGGGUGCUGCGUUGAAGGAGAAGAGAAAAUAUUGAUCUAUGAAUACAUGCCCAACAGGAGUCUGAAUAGAUUUCUUUUCGAUCCAGCUCUGAGCAAGCAGUUGGUUUGGGAGCAGCGCUUUGAGAUCAUCCUCGGGAUUGCUAGGGGGCUUCAGUAUCUCCACCAAGAGUCACGUGUCAAAUUGAUACACAGGGAUCUUAAAACCAGCAACGUUCUGCUCGAUGGUGAUUUAAGACCAAAGAUUUCAGACUUUGGCGUAGCCAGAGCAUUUGCUAGUGACCAAACACCAGGGAAUACCCAGAGAGUCGUGGGGACCUAUGGAUACAUGUCUCCAGAAUAUGCCAUGAAAGGUCGCUACUCCACCAAAUCCGAUGUCUUCAGCUUCGGAGUCAUAAUUCUAGAGAUAGUAAGUGGGAAGAAGAUGGCAAGAUUUCACGAUGUGGAGCACUCUCUCAACCUUUCUGGACAUGCAUGGAAGCUAUGGAAUGAGGGGAGGUGGUUGGAGUUCCUUGAUCCAGUUUUAGACAACUCAAGCCAACUAGAUCAGGUGAAGAAGUGCGUCAAUGUGGGUCUUCUAUGCGUUCAAUCAGAUGCAGCUGACCGCCCCACCAUGUCCUCUAUUGUUCUUAUGCUUAGCAGUGAUUAUGCAGUGCUCCCUAAACCUAAAAGACCAGCCUAUUCCUACAGAGUCAAACAUUCAGAUGAAAGUUCAUCUAAUGCAGAAACUGACACUAAGACUUCCACAAGUGAAGUCACAAUUACAGCUUUGGAGUCCCGGUAAACUUGAGUAUACAAGUUCUCUCUGCAAAGGGAAGUAACACAAAAGAUUAGAUUACAAGGCUGCAAACGUGGGGAAUAAAGGAGCUAUUUUCUUAUCAUGCACACAUCGAUGUGAAUGUAUACAAUUUUUAUCUCACAACUUGCCAUACAAAAACAAUCAUGGCACAACCAGGAAAUGUACAACUUCCUACUUGAAGAAACUUUCGUUCUUCUUUUGUGGGUUCAUUUAGACGGCUGCAGCACAUAUAGAGAAGGAAAGAGAGCAUGCCUCCACAUAGCAAGGACGACUUUCCACACCCCUCCUCAAGUUGGAUCUCCUUCAUCUGUUAAUCCCAACUUGCUUCUCAUCCUUGCAAGUGAUGCACAUCCUAGUGCCUUCCCGAGAUUGUCUGGACACAAAUCAUGUUCGAAUCUUUGUAUUUUGAACCUUAUCACUAAUUAUGUGACAAGUAUUCUUGA